ACGGACACACACACUCAGACAGCCGAGCUCAGUAGACAAAGUAAGGAUGUGACAUCAUCCACAGGAAGAAAAGCCAAACAACUUUUUCUCCAUUUACUGUGUUGACUGUGCUGCGGAGUGGAGCUGGAGCCUCUCGGUCUGCUAGUGGCCUGCAAAGAACGGCAGAAUAGAGAGGAGCUGAAGGGGGGGCUGAGCAGCUGGAGCCGUUCUCCUCGAGGAGUUUAAAUGUAAGGCUUCCAGCGCCUGGAUCCUCCCUGAACUUCUCCUGACUUUCCAGCACAUACCAGACUGUGCGCUGCAGGAACUCAGCCAGAAACAUCCCACCAUUUGAAAACAAGAACCCCCUGCUAUCUUUACAUGACAGACUCCGACACAAGUGACCUGAUCUCCCAGUUCAAACUAUCUCUCAGGAAGGCUGCAUUUAAUCAAGCUUAUUUCUUUUGGAGAGCUUAUCCUCCCCCUUAUCUGAGGGGAAACCACUGAGUCAAUGGCGUUGUGUCUCGGACAAGUGUUCAGUAAAGACAAAACAUUCAGGCCGAGGAAGCGCUUCGAACCUGGCACCCAGCGCUUUGAACUCUACAAGAAGGCGCAGGCCUCGCUCAAGUCCGGCUUGGACCUGAGGAAGGUGGUUCAGCUGCCGGAAGGUGAAAGCAUGAACGACUGGACCGCUGUUCACGUGGUGGAUUUCUUUAACAGGAUCAACUUGAUCUACGGCACGAUGAGUGAGUUCUGCACCGAGCGCUCGUGUCCCAUCAUGUCAGGGGGGCUGAGGUACGAGUACAGGUGGCAGGACGGAGACGACUACAAGAAGCCCACCAAGCUGCCCGCUCUCAAGUACAUGAACCUGCUGAUGGACUGGAUAGAGUCUCUCAUCAAUGAUGAAGACAUCUUCCCCACCAGAGUAGGUGUACCUUUCCCCAAGAAUUUCCAGCAGGUGUGCAAGAAGGUCCUGAGCCGCCUCUUCAGAGUGUUUGUGCACGUUUACAUCCAUCACUUUGACAGCAUCUGCAACAUGGGGGCUGAAGCACACAUCAAUACCUGCUACAAACACUACUACUACUUCAUUUCAGAGUUCAACCUCAUUGAUCACUCAGAACUGGAGCCACUGAAAGAGAUGACAGAGAAGAUAUGCAACUGAACAAAGCCCCACAGACAAAGAAGUUUACAUUUUGACGUAAUCUGAGCCCCGUGAGAAAUCAUCGGCAUCAAAACACUCAAAACAAAGAACAAUUUUACAUAAAGUUUGAUGAGUGAUUUUUGAUGCAAAACUUGAAAGGUCCACCGUCUACAACACACUUCCUCCAAAAGUGCACCGUCCAUGAAGUUUUCUCAUACAAUAAUUGUGUCGCUUAAUUCCAUUGCUUUAUGACUUUCUGCUUGUUUAUAAAUCUAAAUCUUCUGUAUUUUUGCCUCUUCCUCUCUGGUGUGCAUGUAUGUUUAUGUUUGACAUUUUUCAAAUGUUGGUCUUAUUUUCAAGAAAGAAGUUUGUUUUUAAUUGAUGUCAGUGUUUUUAUAGAGUUACAAUAAAAACAAUUAAGUGAG